GGCCUCGGCUUCAUCUUUUAAGUCGGAGAAGCAGUUUCGCCGUGGCAACUGGCCGAAGCUAGUUUCGUCAAGAGUCAGGACUUGGAGGAGUCUGGCACUAAUCAAGAGCAGGCGUGAGGAGAGAUAAUAUUAACCUUUCGCCCCGGCUACUGCCCAGUCUGAUCUUCGGCCUUCUCCUGCAGAGGGUGAAUCUGCUGCCGAAACUCGAGAGUCCAGUGACUCGGCAGGAGAAGAUGGCGACAGUGUGGGAUGAGGCUGAGCAAGAUGGAAUCGGGGAGGAGGUACUCAAGAUGUCCACAGAAGAGAUCAUCCAGCGCACGCGGCUGCUGGACAGUGAAAUCAAGAUCAUGAAGAGCGAAGUGUUGCGAGUCACCCACGAGCUCCAAGCCAUGAAGGACAAAAUCAAAGAGAACAGUGAGAAAAUCAAAGUGAACAAGACUCUGCCGUACCUGGUCUCCAACGUCAUCGAGCUUCUAGAUGUUGAUCCUAACGAUCAAGAGGAAGAUGGUGCCAAUAUUGACCUGGAUUCCCAGAGGAAGGGCAAGUGUGCAGUGAUCAAAACCUCUACACGACAGACAUACUUCCUGCCUGUGAUUGGGUUGGUGGAUGCUGAAAAGCUGAAGCCAGGAGACUUGGUGGGUGUGAACAAAGACUCCUAUCUGAUCCUGGAGACCCUGCCCACAGAAUAUGACUCGCGGGUGAAGGCCAUGGAGGUGGACGAGAGGCCCACAGAGCAAUACAGUGACAUCGGGGGCCUGGAUAAGCAGAUUCAGGAGCUGGUGGAGGCCAUCGUCCUGCCAAUGAACCACAAGGAGAAGUUUGAGAACUUAGGGAUCCAGCCUCCAAAGGGGGUGCUAAUGUACGGGCCCCCAGGUACGGGGAAGACCCUGCUGGCCCGGGCCUGUGCUGCACAGACCAAGGCCACCUUCCUGAAGCUGGCUGGCCCCCAGCUGGUGCAGAUGUUCAUUGGGGAUGGUGCCAAGCUAGUCCGGGAUGCCUUUGCCCUGGCCAAGGAGAAAGCUCCAUCCAUCAUCUUCAUUGAUGAGCUGGAUGCCAUCGGCACCAAGCGCUUUGACAGUGAGAAGGCCGGGGACCGGGAGGUGCAGAGGACGAUGCUCGAGCUUCUGAACCAGCUGGACGGGUUCCAGCCGAACACCCAGGUGAAGGUAAUUGCAGCCACUAACAGGGUGGAUAUCCUGGACCCUGCCCUGCUCCGCUCAGGCCGCCUGGACCGUAAGAUCGAGUUCCCGAUGCCCAACGAGGAGGCCCGGGCCAGAAUCAUGCAGAUCCACUCCCGAAAGAUGAAUGUCAGCCCUGACGUGAACUACGAGGAGCUGGCCCGCUGUACAGACGACUUCAACGGGGCCCAGUGCAAGGCCGUGUGUGUGGAGGCGGGCAUGAUCGCGCUGCGCAGGGGCGCCACAGAGCUCACCCACGAGGACUACAUGGAGGGCAUCCUGGAGGUGCAGGCCAAGAAGAAAGCCAACCUGCAGUACUACGCCUGAGGGGUCGCCUGCCACACCUCUUCUCUGGCCUCUUGCUGGUUAAAAUUCGUAAUAAAGGAUGGUUUCAGGUUCCUGCCA